CCAGAAGCUUGAUUCAUUAGCGAGAACAAACAUAGUUCUGAACUCUCUCUUUUUCCAUGUUCUUCUUCACAAACCCUUUUAGCUAAAUCACCAAUUGAUUCGGUGCAUAAAAGUUGAAGAAAAUGGACCCAAGAACUGACAAGCUGGUGAGGAGGACAACAAUGGUCGCCACUGUAACUGCUUCUUAUUUUCUCCUCACUGCUGACUAUGGAACUGAACCCAAUUUUCUUGACCCCAUAAAAAAUGCCAUAUUAUCAGCUCAACGGUCGGUGAAAGAAUUCGUUUUUGGACCAAGAAAUGAAACUCCACAAAGUGAGAUCAACAAACUACCUCCCAGUGCUGCAGAGAAACAGCCAUAGUCUCUGUUAGAUACCUAACAACACUUUCUUGAUGAUAGUUUCUACUUUGAGAUCAAAUAUUGUAACUUUGUAUAACCCAUCAAACUGAAAUUUUCCCAUGUCUCCUCUAUACUUGCAGUAUAGUCUCCCUUCCCUUACAGUGAAUGUGAUUGUUAAUGUUGUUGCUCUUGUACUAAUCCAAUGUACUAAUCUGCCAUUGCAUGGUUUCCUAGUUACUUUCUUGUGAGACAAACAACAGAAUUGUCGAUUGAGUUGUUACAUGCUGUUGUAAUUGUCAAUUGAGUCAGAGUUGAACCCUUCA